CGGAAGCCAAAACGAAACGCCCCGCCCGCCCCGCCCCAGCCCCUAACGGGUUUACCACCACCACCUCCUCGUCUCCCUCUCCUUCCUCAGCUUCAUUUGCGAAGGAAAACCACAUUCCUUCAUUUACCUCCCAACCCUUCCAUGUCCCUCCAAUCUCCCUCCCUUUCCCUCCCUUUGUGAAUAAAUAAAUAAAUCCUCUCCUAUCAUCAUCAUCAUUAUUAUUAUUAUGUCACAGAUCCAUGGGAGAAGGCCCUCCAAUAAACUCCAUUAGAUCCACAUCAUUCCCCUACACCUCACCCCACCUGAUUUGACCACCGGGAACCGACAGCCCCUCCGCAAAUCUCCACCGUCCGAUCCCAAAAAAAACCCACGAUGAAGAGCACAUCACGAUUAUUCACGAUCAGUCUAGUGGCAUCAUGGUACUGCUCAAACAUAGGAGUUCUGUUGCUUAACAAAUAUCUGUUAAGCAAUUACGGGUUCAAGUACCCGAUCUUCUUGACCAUGUGUCACAUGACAGCUUGUAGUUUGUUAAGUUACGUCGCAAUUGCGUGGAUGAAGAUGGUACCUAUGCAGACGAUUCGGUCUAAAACACAAUUCUUGAAGAUCUCGGCUUUAAGUUUAGUGUUUUGUGUGUCGGUUGUGUUUGGUAAUAUUUCUUUGAGGUUCUUGCCUGUCUCUUUUAAUCAGGCUGUUGGUGCUACUACGCCGUUUUUUACGGCUGUUUUCGCUUAUUUGAUGAUUCUUAAGAGAGAGGCUUGGCUUACCUACGCUACCUUGGUUCCUGUUGUUACAGGGGUUGUUAUUGCUAGUGGGGGUGAACCAAGUUUUCAUCUAUUUGGGUUUAUAAUGUGUAUUUCUGCUACGGCUGCAAGGGCACUCAAAUCAGUGCUGCAAGGGAUUUUACUUUCUUCUGAAGGGGAGAAGCUGAAUUCUAUGAACCUCCUCCUUUACAUGGCUCCGAUAGCUGUUGUAAUUUUACUCCCAGUAACACUUGUCAUGGAAGAAAAUGUGGUAGGUAUCACAGUGGCUCUCGCCAGAGAUGACAGUAAGAUCAUCUGGUACUUGCUAUUCAAUUCAGCACUUGCAUAUUUUGUGAACCUGACCAACUUCUUGGUUACAAAACACACCAGUGCUCUUACUCUCCAGGUUCUUGGUAAUGCAAAAGGGGCCGUGGCUGUUGUGGUCUCAAUUUUAAUAUUCAGAAAUCCUGUAUCUGUUACCGGGAUGCUUGGUUACUCGCUUACAGUCUUUGGAGUAAUCCUCUACAGCGAAGCCAAGAAACGAAGCAAAUGAUGCGUGAUUCUAGAAGAGCUUGGAGUGCCAUUUUCACACUCUGUUUAUGCCAGUGCCAGACGGCAGCAACCUUCCUAGAGGCAAGUUUGGGUUGUGGUUGGUGCCGUGGAUUUUGGAUCUCCGGAAUCUAUUUUUGUGCACGGGAAACCCUGAUUGAUUGGUUUACGUUUGUAUCAGCAACAACAGCAGGAUUAGGCAGAAGUAGAAUACUCAAAUAAUUGAUUGAUUAAUCUCUACUAUUCCAGCCUGGGGUUGUGGAGAAAUAUCAUUUUUAUCUUUUAUAUUCUUUCAGGAAAAAAGAUUGUAGAAUCGGGUCGCUACACCAUCAGUUUGACAUUAACAUUUGUCAUAUUGAUCAAUUAAUGAAAGGAACACUCAAAAACUUUACUAUU